AUGCCCUCCUGUGAGAUUUGCCAGUUGUCCUUUCUGAUUAUUUUCUGGAACAGAGCUUCAAGAACCCUUGCCUGGUCUAUUUACUACUCCUGGUUUCUGUCUUUUCAGGUUUCUCCAUCGCCAGCGGCUACAGAACCAACAAAACCUCGUCCUAAAAAAGCCCCAGAGCUGCCAAUCCUGGAGAGGAAGAACUGGUUGAUUUAUCUGCUCUACGUCCGCAGAGACUACGAGGAGUGUAAGGCUGUCAUCAAAGAGCAGCUCCAGGAGUCCCAAGGGCUCUGUGAAUAUGCUGUCUAUGUCCAAGCUUUGAUAUUUCGCUUGGAGGGGAGAAUUCAAGAAUCUCUUGAACUUUUCCAGACAUGUUCCAUUCUGAACCCCCGAAGCGCUGACAACCUCAAGCAGGUGGCACGAUCCCUGUUUCUCCUGGGGAAGCAUAAGGCAGCCAUUGAAGUGUACAAUGAAGCAGCAAAACUCGAUGAGAAGGACUGGGAGAUCAGCCACAACCUGGGUGUGUGCUACAUGUACCUGAAACACUUCAACAAGGCACGAGACCAGCUCAACCAUGCCCUGGAGCUCAACAGACACGACCUGACCUACAUGAUGCUGGGCAAAAUUCACCUCUUGGAGGGGGAGAUGGAUAAAGCCAUUGAAGUAUAUAAGAAAGCUGUAGAGUUUUCUCCAGAAAACACAGACCUGCUCACAGCCCUGGGCCUACUGUACCUGCAGGCUGGGGAGUACCAGAAGGCUUUUGAACACCUUGGGAACGUGCUUACCUACGACCCAGGCAACUACAAGGCCACCCUGGCUGCUGGCAGCAUGAUGCAGGCCCACGGGGAUUUCGAUGUCGCCCUCUCCAAGUACAAGGUGGUGGCCAGCACUGUUCCUGAGAGCCCCCCACUCUGGAACAACAUUGGCAUGUGCUUCUUUGGCAAGAAGAAAUACGUGGCAGCUGUCAGCUGCCUGAAGAGGGCAAACUACCUGGCUCCCUUUGACUGGAAGAUCCUGUACAACCUGGGCUUGGUGCACCUCACAAUGCAGCAGUAUGCCUCAGCCUUCCACUUCCUCACUGCUGCCAUCAACUUCCAGCCCAAGAUGGCAGAGCUCUACAUGCUCCUGGCAGUUGCUCUGACCAACCUUGAAGACAUUGAGAAUGCCAAAUGUUCCUAUGAGCAAGCUGUGGCCUUGGACAAGUGCAACCCCCUCAUCAACCUGAACUACGCUGUGCUGCUCUACAACCAGGGCGACAAGGAGGGGGCCCUGAGGCAGUUCCAGGAGAUGGAGAGGAAGGUCACCGUGGCCAGGGAGAGCAGCACACCUGACUUCGACCCUGAGAUGGUGGAGAUGGCCCAGAAGAUGGGGGCUGCCCUGCAGGUUGGGGAGAGCCUGGUGUGGACCAAGCCUUCUAAAGAGUCCAAAUCCAAGCAGAAAGCUGCUGGGUCAGGGAAAUCCAGCUCUCAGCAGCCUUUGGGCUCCAACCAGGCCCUGGGUCAAGCCAUGUCCUCUGCUGCAGGGUAUGGGAAAACCAUGCAGCUCCCCCCAGGUGCUGCAACACCAGCUCUGCCAAAGAAGCCUCCCUCCCUGCCUCUGGAGCCAGAUCAGGAGCAGGACUCAGAAACGAGCCCUGAGGAGAGCCCAGCUCCCACAGGGGACGGGGAGCAGGGCAAGGAGAAGCACCAGAGCCAGGAGGCAGCAGAGUAGGGCAGCUCUGGGCAGCACAGGCAGUGCAGGAGCCUCUCCAGGGCUGCCUGGGGCUGGGGAAAGGGACCUGCCCCACCCUGCCCCAUUGUGGCUUCUCCCCACUGCCUGUCAGUCUGGAUGGAGCUGUUUCCUAUCAGUGAUUUCAGCCUGUGGCUCUGCCCUGUUCCAGGGAGUCACUGCAGUGACCAGAGGUGUGUGUAGCUACUCUUAGUGCAGUCACAACUCACCACCCAGCUCUCCCCAGGCUGGCUGUGAGUCCUCCAGAAGGACCCUUAGCAAAGGCAGCAGUAGUGAUUUAGGAUCCUGGGUGGUGAGGAGAAUCAAACCCCUCCAGUGGCUGAACUGGUGAGCAGCUUUGCAUAAAGAACCAGUAAACUGAAGCUUCAGGGCUCUGUGUUUGCUGGUGAAGCUCCCCAGCUGUUUGACACUUUAUUUCCUGCUGUUAGUUCUGCACUCUUGGACUGUGUCCCUCCCUGAUGAGCAGCCCAGGAGAGGAAGGUUACUCAUGGAAACAUCCUGGAGGCAGCAUGAGCAGGGCUCUGGGUACAUCCCAGCCUUCAGCUGGCCUUGGUGGUUUGUUGCUCUUAUCCUUAAUGCAUCUUCAGAGCCCAGCCAGGAGCUGCAGUGCUCUCCUGGUCCCUGGAGAACACUGAAAGAGUGGGACCCCUCACUUUCCCCUGGGUUCUGCCAGCCCAAACUGACUGCUUAUCUUAAAUGUGGCUUUUGUUCCUCUCAGGUGUCCUUUCUGCUGGGUUUUGUGUCAGUUCAGCCCCAGGGCAGCACUUCUGUAAGGAUUCCCUCCUGCCAGGAGUUAAACAGAACUUUUUUGCAGAGCAUUGGCAAUUUGAAACAAACCAGACAAGAAACAGUGUCAGUCAGGUACAGUGCAGAGAUUUUUAUUCACAUUUAACUUCUUACACUGAAAGUCCCUGCAGCCUAACAGAGUGCCUGGGAAGAAGAGGUGAGGAUUGAAGAACAGGGGUGGGCAGGGGCUCUGAAUUUUUCACUUCAGCCCCAAAACUUGAAUUCAAGGCAGAUUUUUGUCCUAUGAUGCUUUGAUGGGAUAAGUGUCACACAGGGAGCACAUACUGCACUUGGAGGUACUGUGAAGGGAUUUAUUUUAAAUAUAUAUUUUGUGAGAAGCUUAUGCAACAGUGAACCAAUUCUUCUAUGAAAUGAAGCAGUAACACCUUCUUUCUUCCUGGGAGCUUCAUGUCUAGGGGAGCAUUUUAAAAUAUGUAAUUCCAGUUGGAUAAUAAAUAGAGCUGCAAUUGC